UGGGCCAUGAAGUGUGGUGCUCUUAAGCUAGGAGACUAGAGGGGGUUCAGGUGCGCACGCGAAUUAGGUCGCGGCAUCGGAGGAACGAGAAGCUCCGACGGUGUGAUAUUCAGGCCAUCAUCGGAGCUUCUUCCCCAUCCUCUCAAAUCUGGCGGUGUUUCCCUUCUUUGGCUUCCUGAAUUCGGGCACCUCAUUUCUCGCGUCGGAAAACUUCUUGCAUGUUGAGGAAUGAGAUAUUGUAAUCUAAGUAACAUCCUAGGUCCUAAAAGAGAAACUGAAUUUUAGGAUUCUGCAUAAGAGCUUAAGAUGCCUUCUGGUUAUCUAUCAAAGCUGAAUGCUACCAUUUACUGUCGUUUUCGAGAAGGAAUAACUCGGCAACAAGGGGUGCGAUCUUUGCUAUAUAGACGUUCGUCUGCGUCUCUUUCUUCACUUUGCUCAACUUCAUUUUCAUCUGAUGCCAAUCCUUCUUUUUCAAGCCAAACGCUUAAAAAUAAAUUAAUGGCUGCUUCAACUUCCAUAGCUGUACUGGGAGAUGUUUUUGUCCAUGAUGUCAUCACUAGCCGUAGCAAUACGCUAGACUUCAAAAAGCCUGGCGCUGUUUACUUUGGUGAUAGAACUCGUGAAGGCUACAUAAGAGAUCAUUUGAACUUGAAAAGAAAAGAUCCAUUUGCUCUUAAUAUUAGGCAUUCGACUCUCGAUGCUAUUUCAAGUUUUCCUCAUCGACCAUUGCUGAAGAAUUUCUCUACUACAUCUUGUACUUCCUACUUUGCUCGGGCAGCGCACAAUGUCUCAUUUGACAGCGGCACUUGUGCUGAAGAGCUUGAAAAUUCCUCCCCACUAGACCCAACAAUUGCUGGCGGUGAGACUUUGAAGCUAUUUUCAGGAUCUAGUUACCUACCACAUCCAGAUAAGGAGGAGACAGGUGGAGAAGAUGCUCAUUUUAUUUGGGAUGAACAAGCAAUUGGUGUUGCAGAUGGUGUAGGUGGUUGGGCUGAAGUUGGUGUUAAUGCAGGACUGUUUUCUCGUGAACUCAUGUCCAAUUCAGUAAGAGCAAUCCAGGAGGAGCCAAAAGGUUCUAUUGAUCCAGUAAGGGUGUUAGAGAAGGCUCACUUAAGCGCAAGGGCCAAGGGUUCAUCAACAGCCUGUAUCAUUGCCCUUGCUGAGAAGGAGCUUCAAGCUAUUAAUUUGGGUGACAGUGGAUUCAUUGUGGUUAGAGAUGGAAGCACCAUCUUCAAGUCCCCUGUUCAACAGCAUGGCUUCAAUUUCACAUAUCAAUUGGAGAGUGGCGAUGGCGGUGAUUUACCCAGUUCUGGUGAGGUGUUUACAGUGCCUGUUGCCGCAGGAGACGUGGUGAUUGCGGGAACAGAUGGAUUAUUUGACAACUUGUAUAAUAAUGAAAUUACAGCAGUUGUAGUGCACGGAAUUAGAGCGGGACUAGAACCCCAAGUAACUGCACAGAAGAUAGCAGCACUAGCCCGUCAGCGAGCACAGGACAGAAAUAGGCAGACUCCAUUCUCAGCUGCUGCUCAAGAUGCCGGCUUCCUGUAUUAUGGUGGCAAGCUCGAUGACGUUACCGUUGUUGUAUCACACAUAACCUCAGUAAAUUCCUGAGUCCCUAUCCCAGCCGUCAUGCUCGGGGUGUUCCUUGAGUUGAGCGGUUAAAAAGGACUAGGCCGGUGGGAGUCAUCAAUUUUCGUGACGCACAAAGUAUCUCCCAAAUUUAAGUUUUUGCAAGACUAGUAAUAUUAUAUUAAAUGUUAGGUAUCAAAUGUGUUAAUAAAAGUUUAAAAAAGGGUGAUACAUGAGAAAAUAAAAGUAACUGUAUACCAACCGAAAAAAGAAAGAAAGUUUACUGAGUUGAAGCAAGUCAAACAACAACAAAGUGUGGUUUCCCUUUUUCUUUUUUUUUAAUAAAUCAUUAACCAUGAGUUGAGAGAUCUUAUGGACGACUUUUUUCAAUAGUCCUUGUUCUUCCUUUA